AUGUUCCAGUUCCUGUUUGUAUUUACUUUUGGCAAUGUGGUUGGAAUGUAUCUGGCUCAGAACUAUGACAUACCAAACGUGGCUAAAAAACUAAAAGAAAUUAAAAAGGACUUGGAUGCCAAGAAGAAACUCCCUAGUUCAUGAGGCGAAUUCCAGCACUGCCUUCUGGAUACACUGAUUCUGCUGUUAUUGAGGGCCUCCUUACCAUCUGAACCAAAAACUUUUGUUUUAAAUUCCAGCCUCAACCAUUUUCCUCUCUGCUAGAUCCUGUCUUGCCUGAGAGCACAGAUGGGGCCAGAAGUUAAGAACCACUCUUUCCACUUUCCUCACCUCAUCCCUCCUGAAAAAGAAUUCAGCCCCUGGUGGCUUUUGGAUAUACUCAAGAACAAUGUGGCACUUCAGGUACAGGGAGCAGCAGUUGGGCCCUCUCAACAGGUUCAGUUAGUGGCUGGCCUGUGUGUGUGAUGCUGUGAA